UAGAGUGCAGCAUCGGUAAGUUUGCUGUCAGUGCUGUCAGUUGAGUUGGGAUUGUUUUUAUUGUCGCGGCACCGAUUUUCACGAGUUUCAGCUAUUUUCUCUCAGUUUUCCGCCAAUAUCCCUGUGGGAAAUUCCAGCUAAACCAUGGCUGAGUAUUUAGCGUCGAUUUUUGGGACGGAAAAAGACAAGGUAAACUGCUCCUUUUACUUCAAAAUUGGGGCCUGUCGUCAUGGGGAUCGGUGCUCGAGGAUCCACAACAAGCCAACCUUCUCACAGACUGUGCUCCUGCAGAAUCUCUACGUGAAUCCGCAGAAUUCAGCGAAAUCCGCCGAUGGGAGUCACUUGGUGGCCAAUGUGUCGGAUGAAGAGAUGCAGGAGCACUAUGACAACUUCUUCGAGGACGUCUUUGUGGAGUGCGAGGACAAGUACGGGGAGAUUGAGGAGAUGAAUGUCUGCGACAAUUUGGGUGAUCACCUUGUCGGCAAUGUUUACAUCAAAUUCCGCCGCGAGGAGGAUGCCGAGCGUGCAGCUAAGGAUCUCAACAAUCGCUGGUUCGGCGGACGUCCGGUUUAUGCUGAGCUGUCUCCUGUGACGGACUUCCGGGAGGCAUGCUGUCGUCAGUACGAAAUGGGCGAAUGCACCCGAUCUGGCUUCUGCAAUUUCAUGCAUCUCAAGCCAAUCUCCCGAGAGCUCCGGCGGUACCUGUACUCGAGGCGUCGGGGGCGCUCUAGGUCCCGCUCAAAGUCUCCCCGUGGCAGCCGUCGCGAGAGAUCCAGGGAGAGGCGUCGGUCACGCAGUAGGGACCGCGAUGGCCGCAAGGGGCGCUACUGAGUUGGCUGGAAGAGGCAGUUUCUUGAAUUCUCCCUUUAUACUCCUCGACUUUCAUCCAUUACUUCUGUAUAUCACUGGAUUUGUGUAAGAAAAAUUGCCUCCUCCACA